UCAAACAUAUCCACGUCGUCUUUACGAUAGACAUUCAGGUGUAGACUUCCUAUCGCCCGAAGCCGCCAUUUAUACAGAUCCUGCCGUGGCAUUGGCACAAAAAAGAGCAAGACUUCAAGCAAAUACCGGUAAUCGUUCUGCAACUUUAUUUCAAACAAGACCAAAAUCGAUGAUAUCAGAAACAGAUCCAAGUCUAUGGAAUUCCUCAGACCGUACAACUAAUGGUAGACCAAAAUCAGCCGACCUUAGUGCUUGGACCCCAAGUUACUCUAUACAUUCGCCUAGACCUGGUGCUUUUGAUGCUGAAUUAUCACCGUUAGUAGGCGGUAGUUGGGCUAGUAUGGUUCCGACGCCGGUUGUGCCAAUUCUAAGUGUUGAUGGACCACCACCACCAGCUAUUGAUGAAUCAAAGUCUAAGUUAGCACAACUUCCUAUUGGUCCUGGUAUAGGUCGUCCUGCUGGUAGAGGUUUACCAGUCGCACCACCAGGUGCUACCCCAGCAGGUAUUAGAGGACAUAGAGGUAUGCCACCUGUAAUGGCAGGUAUGCCACCUGGUUAUAGAGGUGGGAUGGGACCACCACCGGGUAUGCCAUCUGUAAUGGGAGGUAUGCCACCAGCUUUUAGAGGAGGCGCACCACCUCCUGGAAUGAGACCAAUGUCUAUGGGAAUAUCAGGAUCCAAUCCUCAAUACAGAAUGUCAGCAGAUUUAUCACAUUUAGGUGGCCAACAAGCCACCAACCAUAGAGGCUCUCGCCCAACCUCCGAAGUAUUCCCCACUAACAAUCACAACUCAUAUCAGUCACCUGAAGCUGAAGCAAUUGAUAAAUGGUUUGAAGAUCUUCAACACUACGAACAAACUCUUGAAGAAAUGGCAACGGCAAGUUUAGAUGAAACUUUUAAAGAAGAAUUAAAAGCUAUUGAACAAUGGUUUCGUGUGUUAUCGGAAGCUGAAAGGACAGCUGCUUUAUUCAGUCUGCUUCAGCAUUCAACUCAAGUACAAAUAAGGUUUUUCAUAACUGUUUUACAACAGAUGGCUAGAAAUGAUCCAAUGGGUGCUCUUUUAUCACCAGCAAAUCCUGAGAAAGAUUUAAUGCAAGCGCAAUUAUCAGGUGCAAUUAAAACAGAAGCAAUGUCACUAAAAUCACCAACCAGUCAAACAUAUCCACGUCGUCUUUACGAUAGACAUUCCGGUGUAGACUUCCUAUCGCCCGAAGCCGCCAUUUAUACAGAUCCUGCCGUGGCAUUGGCACAAAAAAGAGCAAGACUUCAAGCAAAUACCGGUAAUCGUUCUGCAACUUUAUUUCAAACAAGACCAAAAUCGAUGAUAUCAGAAACAGAUCCAAGUCUAUGGAAUUCCUCAGUUGCACAAACUCCUACAACUGCCAAUUCUGACCGUACAACUAAUGGUAGACCAAAAUCAGCCGACCUUAGUGCUUGGACCCCAAGUUACUCUAUACAUUCGCCUAGACCUGGUGCUUUUGAUGCUGAAUUAUCACCGUUAGUAGGCGGUAGUUGGGCUAGUAUGGUUCCGACGCCGGUUGUGCCAAUGUUUGCCGAAAAUAAAAACAAACAAGCUGCAGAUGCAGAAUUGGUCAAUAAGAAACUUGCAAAUUGGAAUUUAAGUAAUAGCUCAGGCAAUAGAAUUGUUUUGGAAAGUGAUGUUAAAAAAUCACCUCAACAAUCUCCAAUGCCAAGCCCAAAUAUUGUUGGUUCAAGACAAGGUUCAAGGCCACCAUCACCAAACCAUCAUCACAACAAUCAAUAUCAAGCUCAUCAUGGUGGGUGGUCGGCAUCAAAUGGAAAAGGUGGUAGUGGAACACAUUUAGCACCACCACCUAAUCUAGUACGUGUCGGUAGCGAUGAAAAUAACGGUUAUCAUAGCGAUCAUAGUGAUGCUUCACAUAAUGCUGGUAAUAAUAAUAAUAAACCAAAGGGUCAUGAUGUUCCUGCAUGGCUUAGAAGUCUUCGAUUGCAUAAAUAUACGCAGGUAUUUGAAGGAAUGAAAUGGCAAGAUAUUAUUGAAUUGGAUGAUCCAACAUUAGAACAGAAAGGUGUGGCAGCACUCGGAGCUCGACGAAAGAUGAUUAAAGAAUUUGAUAAAGUUAAAGAAGCAAUGAAAGAAAAUGGCUUAAGUGCAGCACCGUCGUCAUGA